GGAACUUGUUAGGCACCUGUGAAGGCACAUAUUUGACAGGGUACAGUGUGAGGAGCUCGCACUCCAGCUCAGCGUUCAGUACAGCACAGACGCUCAUCGCCGCUCUCAGUCCAGUGUUUGGUGCCAGCACCCGUACUCACUAACGCAGCCAUGGAUGCCAUUAAGAAGAAGAUGCAGAUGCUCAAGCUCGACAAGGAAAAUGCCUUGGACAGAGCAGAGCAGGCUGAGGCUGAUAAGAAGGGAGCAGAGGACAGAAGCAAGCAGCUCGAGGAUGACCUGGUCGCCCUGCAGAAGAAGUUGAAGGCAACAGAGGAUGAGUUGGACAAAUACUUGGAGGCUGUGAAGGAUGCUCAGGAAAAACUGGAGCUGGCUGAGAAGAAAGCUGCUGAUGCCGAGGCUGAUGUGGCUUCCCUGAACAGACGCAUCCAGCUGGUUGAGGAGGAGUUGGACCGCGCACAGGAGCGUCUGGCCACUGCUCUGCAGAAGCUGGAGGAGGCCGAGAAGGCUGCUGAUGAGAGUGAGAGAGGAAUGAAGGUUAUUGAGAACAGAGCUUUGAAAGAUGAAGAGAAGAUGGAGAUUCAGGAGAUCCAAUUGAAAGAGGCCAAGCACAUUGCUGAGGAGGCUGACCGCAAGUAUGAGGAGGUGGCCCGUAAGCUGGUGAUUGUUGAGGGUGAGUUGGAACGUACAGAGGAGCGUGCUGAGCUUAGUGAGGGUAAAUGCUCUGAGCUGGAGGAGGAGCUGAAAACUGUGACCAACAACAUGAAGUCUCUAGAGGCACAGGCUGAGAAGUACUCCCAGAAGGAAGACAAGUAUGAGGAGGAGAUUAAGGUCCUGACAGACAAGCUGAAGGAGGCUGAGACUCGUGCUGAGUUUGCUGAGAGAUCAGUCGCCAAACUUGAGAAGACCAUUGAUGAUCUGGAGGAUGAGUUGUAUGCCCAGAAACUCAAGUACAAAGCCAUCAGCGAGGAGUUGGACCACGCUCUCAACGACAUGACCUCAAUUUAAAUUUUGUACAACUGAUCUCUGGCUCCGGGCACCAUCUUAGCGGCAUCAUCUUCUGUUCCUCAAUAUUUAUUUUGUUCUCUAUGUUGCCACUUUUCUCCAUCACACUCAUUCUCAGUGGGGAUGGAGCGCUUAGCUCUAUGGUCUCAUUAUUUGUACAGAAAUUUUUGCUUUCUGUAAAAUAAACUUCCUCUCAUCUCUGUAA